AUGCCCCCCAAACGCAUUCAAAGAGCUGUCAACGCACUCGCUAUGCAUGCCGGCCAGUCCUCGACUGCUUCUAGCACUAGCUCAGCUCCUUUCAUGGUCCACAUUGACCCAUUUGAGGGUGAUCCCUCCCAGUUAGAAUUCUUCUGCGAGACAGUUGACGACAUCAUCAACGUAAAUAAUUGGUCAGGAGACAGGGCAAUUAUAUUUUUAAAAAGUAAACUAAAAAAUGCUGCUCUCCAAUUCUUUUUGGAAUCUCCAUCACUCAGAAAAACAAAGGAUCACACUGUGAUUUUAGCUGCUCUAAAGGAUUUUUUUAAACAUGAAGCAAGGGUUACCAUGGCGGAUUUCCACCAAUUGGCAAUGAAGCCAAACGAAUCCAUGAAAAAUUUAGCUCACAGAAUUAGCCGUGUUACGUCAAUGGUAUUCAGCUUACCCCAAGGCGAGGCUCUCAACAAAAUUAAAUUACAGAAGUUACUCGAAUUGGUUCCCCCUGACAUACGAAUUAAGCUCUUAGAAGCUAAGAUUGAAAGUUUCGAUGAAGCGGUCGCUCGUGCCAAUGAUCUGCAAGAACUUUUUAUUCAAGCAUCCUUGCUCUCCCAAAAUGCCGCCCAAUCAGCACAGAUACAAAAGCUCUCGGAACAGGUUAACCUCCUCCAGGAGCAACUUAAAUCUCGACAACAGAGUAGCUCUUCUUCUCAUGUCAUGUCCACAAAUGUUAUCACAGGUUCUUGCGCAUUGGUUAAGGAAUCUGAAGGGAAAACUUAUUCAUCAAUAGGAUCUCCUUACUGGAUGGCACCCGAGGUUAUUGGCUCAGAACAAUUGAGACCGUAUACAAAAUCAUGUGACAUUUGGUCACUAGGAAUAACUGCAAUAGAGCUCGCCGAGAUUCAGCCGCCAUUAUUUGACAUACAUGCAGUUCGGGCAAUGUUCCAAAUCGCUCGCAAUCCACCUCCUACGCUGAAAAAAGCAUCUGACUGGAGCGAAGAUUUCAAGGAUUUCAUUAAUGAGUGUCUGGAAAGAAACUUCGAACACCGUCCGUGUGCUAUUGAACUACUCUGGCACCCGUUCAUCACCGGGAUGGAUGACGUCACAAACCCUCUCCUGAGCCCAGAGGAACACCUCGAGCAGCAAUUGUUACCUUCCAUUGGAAACAAAGCCAAACAGAUAUUACAGCGGCUGGGGAACAUGGUAUCAGAAAAUUUGUAUCCUCUCGUGCCAUCGCAGCCACAAACUUUGACCGUCAAGAAUUGGAACUUUAAAAGCGAUGCAAGUUCACCUUACAUUAAAAUGUUGCCCGACGACCUUGCUUCGGUAGAGAAUGUCACGGAGGAGUCAGUAAUGGAACAUUUAUGCCAUCGAUUUCAACAGGAUCAAGUAUACACUUAUAUCGGUGAUGUACUGAUUGCUAUCAAUCCUAGGAAAAAGCUGCCUAUCUAUGACUCAAAGAUUAAAACUCAGUAUUGGGAGAAAGCCAGAUCUGACAAUGCUCCUCAUGUGUUUGCAGUAGCAGAUCGGUCGUACCAGCAAAUGCUUCACCACAAGAGAUCACAAGUUAUCAUCAUAUUCGGAAAAUGCAACAGCGGGAAAUCUUUUUCCGCAGCUCAAAUUAUCAAUCAACUAGCUUUCUUAAGUCCUAGCAGCAGCGUCGGGAUGGCUGAGAAAAUUCAACACCUGUGCCCUCUCCUUGAUUUGUUCGGUUCCGCUCGCACAGCCUACAAUCAGUGUGCCAGCCGGGCCCUCAAAAACAUCAGCGUCACUUAUACGAAGAAGGGAAAAAUCACGGGAGCUAUCAUCACUGCAAUGUUGUUAGACAGAGACCGAAUUACUACCACCCCACAGAAUGAAUACAGUUUCCACGUCCUGUACUGCAUUUACGAAGGACUGAAAGCUGAAAAGAGGCUGGCGGAAUUCGCGCUCGAUAAGCUGUCCGUCCUGAAGUAUCUUCCUGAAAGAAACUCUGCAAAUCCUGCAGACUUUAUCGCUGGAUAUAAAAGCAUGUACAAUGCUUUCAGAACCUUCUCUUUCACGGAAGAAGAGAUUGCUGUAAUUCUCAGAAUAAUAUCGGCUAUAUUACUGCUUGGUGACGUCACUUAUUCUAUGAAAGAAACUGUCGUUGCAAACAAUCCUUAUCUUAUAUCAUCAGCUGCACGAAAUUUGAGUAUCGACAAUGAAUUACUGUGUUCCCUGAUAUGUAAAGGUGCCUGCGUCGAAGAUGCCGAACGGGAGCGUGAUGCCUGGGUGCAGUUCCUUUACAUCCGGGUAUUUGACUGGGUGGUGACAUCGCUCAAUAAGCAGCUGUCGUUCUCCCGGCUCGUUCUGGGUGACUGUUACUCCAUUUCUGUGAUUGAUACGCCAGGUUUUGGACAAAACGAAAACAACCAACUCUUUCGACUUUGUUCCAACGUCAUUGAAGAUUUUCUUCAAAAUUACAUUCAACAGCUCAUGUUUUUCAAAGAACUGGACGAAUACAAGGAAGAAGAAGUCGAGAUACCUUUCAAAUAUGAGGGGUACAUGCAACAAAAGAAAUUCUUAUCAGAUCUGGUUGAGAGCGAAAGAAAGCUGUUAUCAUCGCUGGAGAACUCAGAAAACAUUACAUCUUUAUCCAGCGAGUACGUACAAGUAGAAAAUGAAAAACUUACUAUAAAUCACAUUUUUGAACCAGUUUUAUACAACAUUCAAGACUUAACAGCAGAAAAUGUUUACAUGAUAAAUGAAUCUGAGUUCAUACAAGCAUUCAAAACUACCCACGACAGUUUAACAGCUGCGAUUGCCAACAAAUUGGACGAAGAAAGAAAACCUUUGCCUGGAGAAGUUCUGAUUACACUUCCAAAACUUCUGGAAGUCAUGACAGAAGAUUUCCCCCAUGUUGUGGUGUGCAUGUUGCCAACGCUGAGUUCCAGAGAGGACAUCAGGUUCGAACCCCAGUGCAUCGUUAAACAAGUUCGUGCUUUUAACUUGCUAGAGACGAUUCUUAUACGUCAGCAAGGAUUUGCUCGUAGACUAUCUUUCUCCGAAUUUCUCAACAGGUACAAAUACUUAGCAUUCGACUUCGAUGAAGAAGUGGAGCUUAGCAAGCAGAAUUGCCAACUGCUUCUGAUUCGGUUGAAAAUGGAUGGUUACAAGAUGGGAAAGAACAAAGUGUUUCUGAAAUAUUAUACAGAAGAAUAUCUUUCUCGAUUGUAUGAAACUCAUGUGAAGAAGAUAGUCAAAAUCCAAGCCAUGGUCCGAAGAUUCAUCGUCAAAUCUAAACAGAAAGAAAUAUCGUAGAUCUUAUACAUAGAACAAAGACUUUUCGAGUAAUAUUUCUUAUUCGCAAUCACAUACAUAGAAUCAACAGUAUUAUGUCUUAGAAAAAAUGUUAAUUUCAUGAAAGUGCUCAAACUGUGUUUCAAUCUAAAAAUGAAAAUAGUAACUUAAGUGUAAUAAUAAUCUUGAGGCUUACGAACUUAUAUUUUUGUAGAAUUUUAGAUUUGUUUUACUUAAAAUAGUGCUGAAAUAUUUGGAAAUAUUUUUCAAGAAAUAAAGCUUUUGUA